AGUGUGACUCUUGUUCAACGGAAGUAGACUCAACAAGUGGCACUACUGCGUGCGUCACAAACGACGAACCCCACCUUUUCGAAAGGGUUCGUCGGGUUACGUCGCCAUCAUGGCCGGCCCAUUACCCAGUUCCUCGACAACACGGACACCCAUGGCGUCGUCGGCAGCAGGAGUUGGUGCCGGUUUGUUAAGCAAGCUGGAUCGUCUAGUCGGCUCGACCGUCGUACAUGAGGCACGGGUUUAUCCGGUGACCGUGCCAUCGGCCGGAUAUCGGCCUUUGUCCGCACUUAACAAUGUGUCCGAAAUGAGCUCAUCAAUGCCUGCCGCAACUUCACCAACCGUCUUGACCACCGUUGUCCAGACGGACGAUUUCGUCGUCCUGCCAGGGCCAGAGGAUGUGCUGCUGCUCAACACGACCACUGGACUGUACCAGCAAUCGGUGACGCUAACCGCACGAAUGUAUCCGAUUGAGGCCACGGCGGCAAAGUCGAUCUGGGGCCUACCGACACUGAUCUGGGGUAUACUGAUCGGAACGGUCGUGAUACUGAUACUGAUCCUAGCGACACUGUUCUUCUGCUGCUGGGUGCAGCCGCGCACGCGGAAACUACUCAACUCGAAUUACUACACAACCACCGGCAACAACGGACACGCUUCGCAAAGCUCGAUUGUGGCUAAAUCGUGCGCUAGCAGCGACUCGAACCAACUAGUGAUGCCCCUCUCGAUCGGCAUCUGUCCACCACAGUACAGUGCGCCUCCACCGCCCUCCAACAGCACUACCACCAACACCCCGCAGCACACCGCAGCCAGUGGUAGCAAUAGCUCGCUACACCAUGCGUCCCAUCCGGUUGGCGGAUGUGCACAUCAUACCUGUAGCGCCAUCAAUACCGCCACAAACCAGCAGUGCACCAUGGCUUCCGGUGGGCAGGACUAUAGCCACGUAAAGUACGGUAGCUCACCACAACAGUACGCCACCCAGCAGUACCCACAUCAUCACCAUCAUGCACAGCAGCAGCAGCAGCAGCAGCAACAGCACCAUCAACAUCAAUGCAUACAUUACCAGCAACAACAGCAGCAAUACAAUCAGCAGCAACAGCAGCAGCAUCAUCAUCAUCAGCAGCAACAACAGCACGUGCAAUUACACACUCAUCAUGUGCACGGACAGCAGCAGUACAGUCCGUACAAUCAGCAUCAAUACUAUCAUCAUCCUUCAACGCAGCAGCAACAGCAGCAACAGCAGCAGCAGCAGCAGCAGCAACAACAGUACCUUCACUAUCAACAACAUCAGCAGCAGCACCAUCAGCAACAGCAGCAACAAAGGGAACAUCAUCACCAGCACCAUCAACAGCAACAACUGCAGCAUCAGCAUCAUCAAUCCUCCUCAGGGCAUAAUCACAACCAAUCUCAGCAGAGCCAACUGGUACACACGCAACUGCACAAGUCAAUGUGGGCGAUCAAUCCUCUAUACGCCUCCAGUGGAGUAAUCAACGAUGAGAAUGAAAGCGACACGAAUACUACUUACCGGACACGAUCCCUACCGUCGUGGGGCAAGAAUAAGCAACGUCCGCUAUCGAAUGCGGACGAUCUGGAGGAGCUGUACGCGAAGGUAAACUUUAGUAAAAAACGACGAAAUCGGAUGCGCAAUGAUGAGGCCGCCAUUAUUGCCCUAUGCCGGUCUCGAUCCCAAAAUCUGGCCGCUCUCCCACUAGCCACCGAUCAGGAUGCAGUGGUCGUGUACGAUGAACGUACGGCCCUCUAAAU